CUGCAGGCCUGGGGGCUGGCUUUCCGGGUCUGGGAGGUCUGGGCGGCAUGGGAGGCAUGGGAGGCAUGGGUGGCAUGAACCCCGCGCAGGCGAUGGAAAUGAUGCAGAACCCGCUCAUGCAGCAGAUGCUCCAGAGCCUGGCCAGCAACCCGGCCGCCAUGCAGGCCGUGAUCAACUCAAACCCCAUGACGCGGGCCAUGGCCGACAGCAACCCCAUGCUCAGGAGCAUGAUGUCCAACCCCGAGGCCCUGCGCGCCAUGUUCGACCCCACCAACAUGGCGGCCAUGGCCAACAUGAUGCAGCAGAUGGAGCAGCUCAGGGGCUCCAACCCACUGCUGGGCCAGCUCAUGGGCUCCAUGGGGGGGCCCUUCGGAGGAGCAGCGGCCCCAGGAACCGCCCCAGGCGCCCCCGGCAAUGCCGGCGCCGGUGCGGCAGGCUUCCCGGAUUUUUCCGCCCUGGCAUCCCUCCUGGGCGGCGCUGGAGGCCUGGGCGGCGCAGGAGCGGGGGCGGGAGGGGGGCUGGGUGCGCUGUUCGGCCCGCCGGCCGUGGCGGACCCCGAGGUGGCGUUUGCCACGCAGCUGCAGCAGCUGGCGGACAUGGGCUUCUUCGACCGGCAGUCCAACAUCGCGGCGCUGCAGGCCACUGGCGGCAAUGUGAACGCGGCGGUAGAGCGGUUGCUGGGAGGGCCUUGAGGCGGCCUAGGGUACACUACGGAAACGGAGGGAGACUUAGGACCGGUGGAAGCGGCAUGCAAGGAGGGCAUUAGCGAAGGAGCAAAGGACUAUGACACUGACCAUCUUUUGCUAGGCGAGUAGGCAGGCACGCAGGCGCUUAAGACGUUUUUCCGCAGGGUUGCUGAGUUGCAUGUAGGCGCGGUAGCGGCUGGCGCUUCGGCUGCAAAUUAGGUCUGUACGGGUGUAGGGUUGUGAACUAGACCCUAGAAUGUUGUUGGUAACAAUCGCUAUUGGGCACAGGUGAUGUAAAAGCAAAUUCAAGGUUAGGUAGGAGGAGGGCAAGCCGUCGGUAGCUGGCGCAUUGCAAUGCUUUGCAUGAUGCAGGUAGGGGUGGACGGCGAAGACAUCAAGGCGGGAUUGGCUGGAAGUUCGGGCUGUCCAUGUACACUCUGGGUGUAGCCCACACCUGCUAUACGUGUUGCGAUUUAUUCGCCGGGCCUGAUGGGUGCUGAAUGGAGGCCUGAGAAGUUGGUGUCCGGAUGGGUUGAUGCAUACGCGGCAGGAAUGGUGGUCGUACGGAAAACUGGCUUGGAUAUGAACUAGAGGCGGUAGCUGGUGGGCAGGCAGAGGGCGGGCUUGUGCAUGUGUUCUGGUCUGCCGCAGCCUGUCAACCGCACCGCAAAACCGUCGGAGGAAACAAUUCUGUUUGGCUCCGUGCCUGGCUAGACGCAAUGCGACUUGGUGGCGCACAUCAUCGUCGCUAGGGCCGGUCGGCGACUUCAGCAGGAUGUUUUGUUCUUGGAUGGGUUGUGGAUAGGCGGUGAUGGGUUUUGGUGCCGGGAUUCACCUCUAAUGGAGAAGGAUACAAAAGUAUAUUGACGGUUGCCACGACACCUGAAAUGCUGUAAUGGAUGCCCACACUCAAUAUUGACAAACAUUACACGGGGCGAAAUGUUGAUAUCGGCCGCUUAAG